CCGUAGCGGGGACGGGCUCGCCCAGGUCGCGUCAUGGCUGCGGGGGGCCUAGCUGGGCUCCUGCCCGCCCAGACCCAGCUGGAGUACGCCCUGCUCGAUGCCGAUACUCCUCAGGAGAAGGAGAACUUGGUCUACCAGUACCUGAAGAAGAUGGACAGCCGGGAGCGGGACCUAACGGUGCCCGAGCUCGGCGGAGAUCUACAAUGGUUAAACACUGAAGGUCCUAUUUCCCUUCACAAAGACCUUUGUGGAAAAGUUGUGGUGUUGGAUUUCUUUACUUACUGCUGCAUCAAUUGCUUACACCUGCUGCCUGAUCUCCACGCCUUAGAGCACCAGUACUCUGAUAAAGAUGGUCUUGUUAUUGUUGGUGUCCACUCAGCAAAAUUCCCAAAUGAAAAAGUUCUGGAUAACAUUAAAAGUGCUGUUCUGAGGUACAACAUUGUCCACCCAGUAGUAAACGAUGCAGAUGCUACACUGUGGCAUGAACUGGAAGUGUCCUGCUGGCCUACCCUGGUCAUUCUUGGGCCUCGUGGCAAUAUGCUCUUUUCACUCGUCGGAGAGGGGCACAGAGAGAAGUUGUUUUUAUUUACUUCUAUAACACUGAAAUUCUACAAGGAAAGAGGACACAUCAAAGAUAACAAAAUUGGAAUAAAGCUGUACAGAGACUCCAUCCCACCUUCUCCCCUGCUGUUUCCUGGCAAAGUGACUGUAGAUAAUUCUGGAGAGAGGCUGGUAAUAGCAGAUACUGGACAUCACAGGAUUUUGGUUACUCGAAGAAAUGGACAGAUUCUGCACAUUAUUGGAGGUCCAAACAGUGGAAAGAGAGAUGGAAGAUUCUCAGAGGCAUCUUUCAACUCGCCGCAAGGGAUCGCUAUAAAAGAUAACAUUAUUUAUGUAGCUGAUACAGAAAACCACCUAAUUAGAAAGAUUGACCUGGAAUUGGAGAUGGUGACCACUGUAGCAGGCAUUGGGAUACAAGGUGUUGAUAAGGAAGGUGGAGCAAAAGGAGAAGAGCAGCCUAUCAGUUCGCCAUGGGACGUGGUCUUUGGAAAUUCAAUUUCAGGGGACCAGGAAGAUGAUGUUCUAUGGAUAGCAAUGGCAGGCACUCAUCAGAUAUGGGCACUGAUGUUGGAAGGUGGAAAACUACCAAAGGGAAGUGAUUUAAAGAAGGGAGUCUGCCUUCGCUUUGCUGGGAGUGGAAAUGAAGAGAACAGAAACAAUGCAUACCCACAUAAGGCAGGCUUUGCGCAGCCUUCAGGUCUCUCUCUGGCUUCUGAAGAGCCAUGGAACUGCCUUUUUGUGGCGGACAGCGAGAGCAGCACUGUGCGAACCAUCUCCCUGAAAGACGGAGCAGUGAAACACCUUGUAGGAGGAGAGAGAGAUCCAUUGAAUUUGUUUGCCUUUGGUGAUGUGGAUGGAGCAGGCAUAAAUGCAAAGUUGCAGCAUCCUUUAGGAGUGGCGUGGGACAAGAAAAGAAAACUGCUCUAUGUGGCAGAUUCCUAUAACCACAAGAUUAAGGUUGUGGAUCCUAAGAUGAAGAACUGUGCUACCCUGGCAGGCACAGGAGAAGCAAGCAAUGUUAUUGGCUCCAGCUUUACACAGUCAACUUUGAAUGAGCCAGGAGGUUUGUGUGUUGAAGAAAACGGCCGCUUGAUGUAUGUUGCAGACACAAAUAAUCACCAGAUUAAAGUGCUGGAUUUGGAAACAAAAAUUCUUUCCAUGCUGCCUAUCCUGAAUCCAGAAGCAUGUGAUGUUCCAGACAACCUGCCUGUGCAAAAAGAACAAAUAGCAAGCCUUCCAAAACUGCCUAAAUCUGCACCAAACGUUCAGCUUCCUUCACUGACCGUAGCUCCCGGCCAGACACUUCAGUUUUUGUUGAAGCUGAUUCUACCUCCAGAUUCAAAACUGAAUGAAGAAGCACCCAAUGCCUGGUUUAUCACAGCAGAAGAUAAUGCCUGGUUGCUUCAAGGACAGUGUCUGUCUGGAGAAAUAAAUGAUGUUUCCCAUCAAAAUAUUAUCCCCUUUCAGUUACCUAAGAGCUGUCUGUCAGCUGAAGCAAUCCUGGCUAUCAAGGUGUGCCUCUACUAUUGCAGCAAAGGUAGCAGUGCCUGCAUGAUGAAAGGAAUCUCAUUCCAUCAGCCUUUACAGAUUGCUAGUACAAACCAAGGCAACUUGACUCAAGUUGAACUGACACACACGUUUUUAACCAACUAACCCAAAGCCUGUUAAUUUCCUGUUGUGUUUUACUCUCCACCACUUCUGUAGGAGAAAAUACAAAUAGAUAACUUUUCUCUGGUUUUCACUUUCAUGGAACUUAUGACAAAGCCAAGGAAUAAUACACUAGGUAAAAUGAAGCAGAGUUCCCUACA